AUGACGGUCGUGAAUGGUUUCAAGUCUGUGACCCAGAGCGACCUGGACAGCGUAAAAAAUGCGCCUUUUCUCUACCGCAACAACACAGUGAAAAAGCCCAUCGCCGAUGACUUCAUGUAUGCGUUGAAGUACAACUCCCCUCUUCCGACCCAUGGGACCGAAUACGUUCUUGAUUUCACCACUGAAGACGAUGAAAACAAGCAAGGGAUUGCAGACCAGUUUCUGAAGGAGUUAAAACAGAUCAUCCAGGGCGGCGAUUUCAAGGCAUUUGCAGGGUUGUUCUUAGACAGUGGGGUCUGGAGAGACAAACUUGUGUUCAGCUGGGACUAUCGUUCUUUCAAUACGCCCAAACACAUCGCAAAAGCAGCAUCGGACCUGUUUCCUCGGACUCCAACCCGCAAUUAUCAAUUCAUUGACCCUGCUCCGUCAGUCGAGAGGCCAUAUCCGGAUCUGGCCUGGCUUCAAAUUUUGUUUUCUUUCGACACAGACCAGGUUAGUGCCAGUGCUGCUUUGAAUCUUAUCAAAACAAAAUCAGGCUAUAAGAUUUGGACUCUCCACACUGUUAUCGAGGGCCUUCAUGGUCACCCCGAGCUUCCCCCGCAGGACGGCCAUAUGACCGGAGACAAAUCGUGGUAUGAGCAAAGAAUGGAGGACAACAACUUGGAUGGCAUCGAACCUGAUGUCGUCGUAAUCGGUGGAGGUCACAGCGGGCUUCAUAUUACUGCACGCCUUAAGGCUCUAGGAGUAAAUGCCCUCAUCAUUGAGCGCAACAAGCGUAUCGGUGAUAACUGGCGCAAUCGAUACGAAUAUCUUUCCCUGCACCUCCCGCACUGGGCAGACCAUUUCCCCUACUUCCCUUUCCCGGAGCGCUGGCCAACGUAUACACCGGCCGCCAAGAUGGGUGACUGGCUCGAAUGGUACGCGAGUGCUCUUGAGCUGACGGCUUGGACCGAUUCAAGCGUCAUUUCUACCUCAAAGAAACCUCAGGGUGGAUGGGAGAUCACUGUUGAACGGAGUACCAAAGAAGGCAAAUACACCCGCACGCUUCACCCCAAACAGGUGGUCCUUGCUACAUCGCUUGCGGGUGUUCCAUUUGUCCCUGAUAUCCCCGGUAUUGAGGAGUUUAGGGGUACGGUGAGACACUCCACUCAUCAUAGCUCAUCUCGAGAUUGGGUUGGCAAGAAGGUCCUAGUUGUAGGAACGUCCUCAUCUGGCUUCGAUACUGCAUACGAUUUCGCUCGCCGUGGUAUCGAUGUAACUCUACUCCAGCGGUCACCAACAUACAUUAUGUCACUAGAGGAGUCCGUUCCAAGGAUGAUUGCGCCCCUUUACGAGCCGAAAGGCGGUAAACACCCCGAUAUGGACACAACCGACCGAGUAGCCAACAGCCUUCCUACUGGUCCCAGCGAAGAGCUAUUCCGUCGGACGGCCAAAGACAUCUGGAAUGCCGACGCCGAAUUGCUUGCCAAGAUGGAAAAGGCUGGCUUCCGAGUCUGGAGAGGUCAGCGUGACACUGGUCAGCAAACUCUCGCCUAUACCAGGAAUGGUGCAUUUUACUUCGAGGCCGGUGCCUGCCAGGCUAUCAUUGAUGGCAGCAUCAAAGUAGAGCAAGGAUACCCAGUCCGCUUCACCGAAGACCACAUUGUGCUAAAUGGGGAACGAGAGCAAAAGUAUGACCUCGUCAUUCUUGCUACCGGCUUCUCGAAUACUGUCGAAUCGGUACGACAGAUCUUUGGGGAUGACAUUGCUGACCGGUUCAACCCGAUCUGGGGGAUGGAUGAGGAGGGUGAGCUCAACUCGGCGUGGAAGUUGACCGGUGUGCCAGACCUGUGGCUUAUGGUUGGUGCGCUUCAACAUAGUCGAUACCACUCGAAGAAGUUGGCCCUCAGGAUUAAGGCGGUUCUUGAAGGUAUUGGCCAUGAGCCAUACUUGGCAUAG